UCCUCCCCUUUGACGUGGCAGAGGCGGCACCAGCCUUGUUGUCCAGGCCGAGGCCCUCCCGGAGGCCGGGGGCGGGGCGGGGCCGCCCCUGAUUGCGGUGCCACGGCUGCUCCAGGGCUGCAGAAGGGGCUUGACUUUGCAAGGCGGAGGCUGCGUCCGGCGUGGAGCUCCCAGGAAGACAGAAAUAAGAAUCAAGCGCUACAAUGACAACCUAUUUGGAAUUUAUCCAACAAAAUGAAGAACGAGAUGGGGUCCGCUUCAGUUGGAAUGUUUGGCCCUCUAGUCGUCUGGAAGCUACAAGAAUGGUUGUUCCAGUGGCAGCCCUGUUUACGCCUCUGAAGGAGAGACCUGACUUACCGCCCAUUCAGUAUGAGCCUGUCCUGUGCAGUAGGACGACUUGCCGCGCAGUUUUGAAUCCUUUAUGUCAAGUAGAUUAUCGAGCAAAACUCUGGGCUUGCAACUUUUGUUACCAAAGGAAUCAGUUUCCACCUACGUAUGCUGGGAUAUCUGAAUUGAACCAGCCGGCCGAGCUUUUACCCCAGUUUUCAAGCAUUGAAUAUGUAGUUCUGCGCGGCCCCCAGAUGCCUUUGAUCUUUCUCUAUGUGGUUGACACUUGCAUAGAAGAUGAAGAUUUACAAGCUCUGAAGGAAUCCAUGCAGAUGUCACUGAGUCUUUUGCCACCUACAGCUUUGGUUGGACUGAUUACUUUUGGGAGAAUGGUGCAGGUCCAUGAGCUUGGAUGUGAAGGCAUUUCAAAAAGCUAUGUCUUCAGAGGAACAAAGGAUCUGUCUGCCAAACAGCUGCAGGAAAUGCUGGGACUCGCUAAAGUACCUGUUACUCAAGCCACACGUGGUCCUCAGGUACAGCAGCCACCUCCUUCCAAUAGAUUUUUACAGCCAGUACAGAAAAUAGACAUGAAUCUUACAGAUCUUCUGGGAGAACUUCAGCGAGACCCAUGGCCUGUACCACAAGGAAAGAGACCCUUGCGCUCCUCAGGAGUGGCACUCUCUAUAGCUGUAGGACUACUUGAGUGUACUUUCCCCAACACUGGUGCUCGGAUCAUGAUGUUCAUUGGUGGCCCUGCUACCCAGGGGCCUGGCAUGGUGGUUGGAGAUGAGUUAAAGACACCUAUAAGAUCCUGGCAUGACAUUGAAAAGGACAAUGCCAAAUAUGUUAAAAAGGGGACUAAGCAUUUUGAAGCGUUGGCUAAUCGAGCUGCUACGACUGGGCAUGUUAUUGAUAUCUACGCAUGUGCAUUAGACCAGACAGGUCUGCUGGAGAUGAAGUGCUGCCCUAACCUCACUGGAGGGUACAUGGUGAUGGGUGAUUCUUUCAACACUUCCUUAUUCAAGCAAACUUUUCAAAGAGUCUUCACCAAAGAUGUACAUGGACAGUUUAAAAUGGGCUUUGGUGGCACAUUAGAAAUAAAGACCUCAAGGGAAAUAAAGAUUUCAGGAGCUAUUGGACCCUGUGUGUCUCUUAACUCUAAAGGACCCUGCGUGUCGGAAAAUGAGAUUGGAACUGGUGGCACUUGUCAGUGGAAGAUAUGCGGACUCAGCCCCACUACAACCUUAGCCAUAUAUUUUGAAGUUGUUAAUCAGCAUAAUGCUCCAAUUCCUCAAGGAGGACGAGGUGCAGUCCAGUUUGUGACCCAGUAUCAGCACUCAAGUGGGCAGAGACGCAUCCGAGUGACCACAAUUGCUAGGAACUGGGCAGAUGCCCAAACUCAAAUCCAAAACAUUGCUGCAUCAUUUGACCAGGAGGCAGCUGCCAUUCUCAUGGCCCGGCUGGCAAUCUACAGAGCAGAAACAGAGGAAGGGCCAGAUGUGCUUAGAUGGUUGGACAGACAACUCAUUCGACUGUGUCAGAAAUUUGGAGAGUAUCACAAAGAUGAUCCGAAUUCCUUCCGAUUUUCAGAAACAUUUUCCCUUUAUCCACAGUUUAUGUUUCAUUUAAGAAGAUCUCCCUUCUUGCAAGUUUUUAACAACAGUCCUGAUGAGAGUUCAUAUUACCGUCACCAUUUCAUGCGCCAGGAUCUGACUCAGUCUCUCAUCAUGAUUCAGCCCAUUCUGUAUGCCUAUUCUUUCAGUGGGCCCCCGGAGCCAGUUCUUCUAGACAGCAGCAGCAUUCUUGCAGACCGUAUUCUUCUCAUGGACACAUUUUUCCAGAUUUUGAUAUAUCACGGUGAGACUAUAGCACAGUGGCGGAAGUCCGGAUACCAAGACAUGCCAGAAUAUGAAAAUUUCCGGCACCUUCUGCAAGCCCCAGUAGAUGAUGCGCAAGAGAUUCUUCAUUCCAGAUUUCCAAUGCCGAGAUAUAUUGACACUGAGCACGGUGGCAGCCAGGCACGUUUCCUCCUUUCGAAAGUCAACCCUUCACAGACUCAUAAUAACAUGUAUGCCUGGGGGCAGGAGUCCGGAGCACCUAUUCUCACAGACGAUGUCAGUUUACAAGUGUUUAUGGAUCAUUUGAAGAAGCUUGCUGUGUCAAGUGCUGCUUGACAUGCCAGAUGUAUCAGACACUCAAGGAAGAUUACUACUUCAGUUUCUUUUGCUUUUUUCAUUUAUCUGUAGAAACAACAGAGAUCUUUCUCCAAA